UCGGGUUUAAGCGGCGUAUUUGUUAAAGUUCUUUUAAAAGUUGACGUACGCUUCCCCCUGAAACAUAUCUGCAUUGUUAACCAUGAGGAUGAUUACCCAAUCCUUAUCAGUUAUGAAAUGAUUUUUGAAGUUUGUUUUUACUGCUAAAGAAUAGGGCUUGAGGGGCAUGUGUGCCCUGAAAUUGAAGCGCAUGAUGGUUGUUUCAUGAUUAACAAGGUUUUUGAUAAUGAAUUGUCUAUCUAUCCGGAGGACGUGGCUGUUGAUGAUGAUGUUAAGGCGAGUUUGCAAAAGGAUGUGAUGCUCUGUUUUCCAAAUCCAACAAUUGUCGAGGAGGAGUGCACGAAAGUUGAGGAAUCUGGGCAACAUGUUGAUGAUGUGGGGCCUGAUGAGGAGGGUUGGACUACGGUUGUUCCAAGAGAGAGGAAAAUGAGUUAUAAUUCUAGGGAUGACAAGUCAUAUAGAGAAGUGGUUGCUAGCCCUAAGCCAAAGUGGGUAGCAAAGGCUGAUAUUGUGCAGGACUGGAGAAGGGCUGGGAAAUCAAAGUAGAGAAAGAAGCAGAUAAGUGGGAAUGAAGAGGAUUAUCGGGACAAUGCAAAUCAUUAUUCUCAACCGACUACCGAUUUUAUAACUGAUUGAAAUCUGUCUAAGUUAAAAAUGUUUGAUGAUUUGGUUGAGCUUUUGUUUCCAUUUGAGUCUUACUACAAUGAUGAUCUUAGGCUAGGCAAGGUAAAUUUCUUUGAUGCUAUGUGUGUUUUGUUAAAAAAUCAAGAUGUGAUGAUGUCAAAUGUAGGAGGUGGUGAGUCCGAAGCUAGGGAGAACUCGGGAAGCUUUGUUGCGGCCAUGCUUGUGGCUGAGGUGGCUUUCGUAAGUGCUAGGCCAACCGAGGGAAUGAUGAGUCCAAGAAAACGUGUCUGCGAGGAGGAAGCUAUUGAGGCUGGUCCGUCCGCUUAUCUUGAGGAAAUUGAUUGAUGAAUGGUAUUGUUUGGAAUUGUAGGGGUUAGGGAAGACCUGAUUUUACUAGUAAUUUUACCUUUCUUAAUAGCUUGGUUAAGCUAGACUUCUUUUGUUUUGUAGAAACUAAGUUUGAUAUGGAUAAAGCCCCCGUUAGUUGUUUUAGAAGGUUGUUUUAUCAAUCUUUUGGUUUUAACCCUGAGGGGAGAUUGGGUGGCAUAUUUAUGUGUUGGAAUGACAGUGCACUUAAUCUGAAUGUGAUUGCUGCUUCUCCUAGACAUAUCCAUGCUCUAGUUAAAGAUGUGCAUACAAACAUUGAGUACUAUGCUACUUUUGUCUAUGUCUACCCUAAAAAAUCUGUCCAAGAUAGUUUGUGGGAGGAGUUUUUAUUCUUAAACCCCGAAGAUAAACCCUGGAUGUUGCCAGGAGAAUUCAACAAUAUUACAUGCAUUCAAGAAAAAUGGGGUGGGAACCAAAGUGUCAAUGCUCGUAUGACUAAAUUUGUGGACUUCAUGAACAAUGUUGGGCUUAUUUCAUUACAAGCUUUGGGUGUUCCUUUCACUUGGCCUAACAAAUACAAGGAUGACUUGCUUAUUUUUGAGAGAUUAGACAAAGUUGUUGCUAAUUCCUAUUGGUUUGAAUUGCACCCAAGCUACAUUCUUCACAACUGUCCUAUCCUGGGGUCUAACCACAGUCCUGUGUUUAUUGACACUGUUGGUUCUCAAGUUAGUCGAAGGAGAAAGUGCUUCAAAUUUGAAGCCAUGUGGAAUCUUCACCCUGAGUUUAAACAGUUUGUUAAGAGGGCUUGGAAAUGCAGUGAGGGACUUCCCCCUCUUGAUCAUUUUAGGGGUUGCUUAGGUACUUUCACGUUUCUUGUUAAACAUUGGAAUCGUGCAGUUUUUGGGUCAAUUAGGGAGAAAAAAGAUAAAAUUUUGAAGGAGAUGAACUGUGUCCAGAAGGAACUUACGUCUUUCAACUAUAAUGCUAACUCUUUAAACAAUUUCAAUGAAAAAGUUCACCUAGAGGCUCAAAUUAAUGAAAGGCUUGCUCAAGUUCUUAAGGAGGAGGAAGUGAUGUGGGCGCAAAAAACAAAAUCUAAUUCGUUAAAGCAUGGUGAUAAAAAUACAAGAUUUUUCCAACUUUGUGCUACAAUCAGAAGAAAGCAAAACGAAAUUAAUAAAAUCAGAGAUGGCAAUGGCAUUUGGUGGUAUAAAGGUGAGGCCCUGGAGCAAGUUUUUAUGCAGGAAUUCAAAAUGCGAUUCACCAAUCGAUCCAACCCCUCCCAAUGUUGAGCACAACAACUUGAUCAUAAUACCAUGUUAACGAAGGCUCCUUCAAGUAACGAGAUUUGGAAUGCUGUUAAAAGCAUUGAAGCUCUUAAAGCCCCAGGGCCAAAUGUUAUCCAUGCAAGUUUCUUCCAGGAAUGCUGGGAGGAGGUAGGGCCUUCAGUGUGCAAUAUGGUGAAAGACUUUUUUGUAAAUAACACAAGCCUAAAGUUAAUCAACCAUACCAACAUUGAGACCUGGCAUUCGUGUCGUAUUUCUUG